UCUAUUUCUCUUUCUCUCUCUCUGCGAUUCUUGUUUGCUUGCAAUCGACCGUGGAAACUAGAAUCGCAAGAGAGCAAAAAGAAAUGGGUAGCGAUAGUGGAGUCUACACAGAGGAAUCUGGCUUCGAAAGAGUCGACGAUGUUAGCUCUUCGGAUGUAUCCGCCUCAGCCGAUCAUCUAGUCAUUAUGGUUCAUGGAAUCCUAGGAAGCACUGAUGACUGGAAGUUUGCUGCAAACCAGUUUGCGAAGGCUCUUAAAGACAAAGUGAUUGUUCACUGUAGUGAGCGCAACAUGAACAAACUUACUUUGGAUGGUGUUGAUGUUAUGGGUGAAAGAUUAGCUGAAGAGGUUGUUGAUCUCAUCAGUAAAAGACCAGGACUUAAGAAAAUUUCUUUUAUUGCGCACUCUGUGGGUGGAUUGGUUGCAAGAUACACAAUAGGAAUGUUAUACAGAACAGUAGAAAAAUCCCAAGUGAAUCUUGCAGAUGGUGCCCAUGGUGUGAAUGCUAAAGGAACAAUAUGUGGACUAAAAGCAAUGAAUUUCAUAACUGUUGCUACACCUCAUUUGGGCUCUAGGGGAAAUAAACAGGUUCCCUUUCUUUUUGGCCUCACAGUUGUAGAGAAAGUUGCUUCUUUAAUUAUUCACUUGAUAUUUAGAAGAACUGGUAGGCAUCUGUUUCUUACUGAUAAUGAUGCCCAGAAACCUCCACUUCUACAGCGCAUGGUGGAGGAUUGUGAGCUCCAGUUCAUGUCUGCAUUGGAAGCAUUUGAGCGUCGCGUUGCUUAUUCAAAUGUUGGACAUGAUCAUAUCGUUGGCUGGAGAACUUCAUCAAUCAGACGUAAUUCUGAAUUACCAAAGUGGGAUAAAUCUGUAAACGAGAAAUAUCCGCACAUUGUCUAUGAAGAAUAUACAAAAGGAAGUACUGCCGAAAGCUGUUCACACGAUACUAUUGAAGAAAACAACAAUGAUAUGCUAGAAGAGAAGUUGGUUGUAGGUCUUACUCGCUUGUCAUGGGAAAGGGUCGAUGUAAGCUUUCACAGCAGCAAGCAGAGGUUUGCUGCACAUAGUACAAUUCAGGUUAAGGAUACCUUUAUGCACUCAGAAGUGAUGAAUUGCAGCUCGGAAUUCUUAACAAGGUCAGAGUAUACUUCAUGAGGGGAUAGGAAAAGCUCACCUCCAUAUUUAGGUAUGUCAGAUAGUUUUUUAUUAUUGUUUUUUAUUUAUCUUUUUACAAAUUUUGUGAUCCCAACCUUUGUACGAGUGACAUGUAGCCUGAAAUGAGCAUCUUGCGAAACUAUGUAAUGAAAAUUGUAAUUCAAAUGAAAUCAUAUUGUAUAUUAUCAUUAU